GUGGACUGCCGCACUCUUAAGAGCGGAGUGCUGGGCGCUUCGGUGCAGCUUGAGAGCCGAAUCGAGCCAAGCAGAGCCGGGGUGAAUCCAGCCUAGUCGAACCGAGCCCAGCCAGGUGGAUCCUAGUCGAACCGAGUCUAGUCCAGUCGAAGCCAGCCGAAACAGAUCGAGCCGAGCCAUGUCCCUGGGCGCGCUGUGCCGCCUGCCGCUGGCGGUGGCGCGGGCGUUGCUGGCCGCGCUGUGCGGACAGCUGGGUGCGCUGUGCUGGAACCUGGCGCCCCUCUCCCUGUCCCUGCCCCUGCCUGGCUGGCGGCGGGUCUCGGCCCUCCGGCCCACCACUCCGGCGGGCAUGCGGCGGGAGCGGGACGACUGGUCCUGGACGCCCACCAGCGUCAAUUAUCACUUCACCCGGCAGUGCAACUACAAGUGCGGCUUCUGCUUCCAUACGGCCAAAACCUCCUUCGUGCUGCCCCUGGAGGAAGCCAAGAGGGGGCUGGCGAUGCUCAAGGAGGCGGGAAUGGAGAAAAUAAAUUUCUCAGGAGGAGAACCCUUUCUUCAGGACAGAGGCGAAUUUGUAGGCAAACUGGUCCAGUUUUGCAAGCAAGAGUUGAAGCUACCAAGUGUCAGCAUUGUUAGUAACGGCAGCCUGAUUAGAGAACGGUGGUUCAAGAAGUAUGGUGAAUAUUUAGACAUUCUGGCAAUUUCAUGUGAUAGUUUUGAUGAGGAUGUCAACGCUUUAAUUGGCCGUGGUCAAGGAAAGAAGAGCCAUGUGGAAAAUCUGCAUAAACUGAGACAGUGGUGCCGAGAGUAUGCUGUUGCUUUCAAAAUAAAUUCAGUGAUCAACAGAUUUAAUGUUGAGGAAGAUAUGAAUGAGCAGAUCAAGGCACUUAACCCCAUGCGCUGGAAGGUGUUCCAAUGCCUGCUCAUCGAAGGGGAGAACAGUGGUGAGGAUGCCCUGAGAGAAGCAGAGAAAUUUGUUAUCAGUGAUGAAGACUUCGAACGAUUCCUGGAUCGCCACAAAGAUGUCUCCUGUUUGGUACCAGAAUCUAACCAGAAGAUGAGGGAUUCAUACCUCAUUCUGGAUGAAUACAUGCGUUUUCUAAACUGUAGAAAUGGACGGAAAGAGCCUUCCAAGUCUAUCCUAGAUGUUGGUAUAGAAGCAGCAAUUAAAUUCAGUGGAUUUGAUGAGAAGAUGUUCCUAAAAAGAGGAGGAAAGUAUGUGUGGAGUAAAGCAGACAUGAAACUGGACUGGUAACUCAAUAUACUGAGUUAGGGCAGGCGCAUUAUGUAAAGAAAAUGGGUGUGUAUAUAUGCAUGUGUAUAUAUGUGUGUAUAUAUGUAAUGCUUUUAACUACACUUGGUAUAUUAUACAGAACAAUGUUCAGUGUAACUCUAUAUGUGAAUGUAUUAAAUGUUUUUAGAAUGUGGAUUAUGUUCUUAUCUAUGGUUUCAUUGAACAUUACCAAGUACAUUCAGAACUUUCAUAUAAAUAGCUCUCUGAAAUUGACUUUCUAAGUCUGUUGUAUGAUGGGCUUGAGGGCAAACCAUUAAGCUAAUGUCACAUAUGAAAUGGUUUUAAGAUAAGUGUGCAUGCCAGAAAACAAACCAAAAACCACUACAGUCUCUUAAUUCAUUGUAAACAGCUGUUAUGACUGAUGAGUAGAAACUCUUAAGAGAGAAUGUGUUCUGCCUCAUUCAUGUAGAAAGGUGGGUUGCAGUUCCUCACUAGAUCACAAGAGGGCCAGCUGGCAGGGCUCUGGAAGCAGCCCUCACCUUUUUCAAGGUAAGAAAGGGUCAGAAUCUAGGAAUCAUUAUCUGUAAUAAUGUAUUUAAAAGGAAAUCACGAUGAAAAGAUUGGCAUUUUCACUCUUUGAGACUUAACCAUAAAAGCAGCUGUUGUUCUUCUCCCUUCCUUUCAUAUACACACACGAUAUUUGCAAAGAUGUUUGAGGAUGUAAUUUUCUGUGAAAAUGGAUUUUUACUGAAGAAAGAAUAUUGUAUUUUUCCUAAAACAUACAUGUGUAUUUUACCCAAUGACAAGCAACUGCUUAUUUCACAUUGGCAAUGACCUUAGUUCUAACAAAUAUUUACAUUGAAAACACUGUUUGCAUUUUAUUCUUAACUUCCUCUUUUUUUUUUUUCCUUCUAUUUGCAAACAUUGAUUUAUUAUGUUUAACACUCUUUUCUCUGCCCAUACAUACAGUUCUGAUGAAGGUUCCUAAUGAAAUUAAUUAAUACUAUGUAGCACACCUAAUAUGUAUCUUCUGUUGCUUACUGGCUGUAUUAUUUGCAUGUUUUCUAUUUUGCUAGGCCAUGGAAUUACAAAUUUCAUAUAUCGUGUAACCUUGUUUUAAAGGUUGCUUGACUCAGUAUUCAUUCUUACUUGCUCAUUACAAACAUGCAGGUAUUAAGUGAGGCUAAUCAGGUUUUGUGAUAGCUGUCUUUGAUUAAGAGCUGGCAGAAUCAACAUAGAGAAAAGUCAAAAACCCCUGCAAAACCAAAAAUCCAGUAUGUUGCCCUUGUUCUUGGUUUUCUGGUAAUUUUUAUGGGUUUAUAAUUGCAAUUUUCCAAAUUUAACUAGUCCUACCCGAAAGCUCUGCAUGAAGGGCAUGGGGAUAAGCAUUGCACAGAGCAUAAGUGAACUGGCACUACUCAUUCUUACUGUCCAUUGAACUCUAUGCCUGGACUGUGCCACAUGUUGGAGCCAGCAUGCAUUAAAUGUACCAAGCAGAGAAAAUUACACCUUUUUUCUUAUAAUACUAAUUGAUUCUUUUAAAGAGUUUUUCAAGAGAAAUGUUUUGCAUUCUCCCAAUGCAUCUUCAAAGUUGAGGGGGAAAGUGCAUAAGUAGGAGCUGCUCCUUCUGAAUAAAGGAAGGUACACCUCUGAAUACACUGUGAAAAUGUUUCCAUUUAUAAUUCUUUCCAUUUCUACUUUUACUAUCCUAACUGUAAAUAUACUGUCUCAGUGGUGCUCUUUUGUCUCUUUGUGUCUCUCUUUUUGCAGUCAUAACAAUUCCUAGCCACUUAAAUUUCAGUAUUUUUUAAAUUUUUAAAUUCAGUAUUUUUUUUUCUUGCAUUAAUACUGAGUGACAUUUAAAAUGUGGCCCACAGAUAUUAACCCCGCAGUCUUUUGGCAGCUGUUGUGCUGACCUCCGUUGGAGUUCUGCCUGAGUAGCAACUAUGGGCAGUGCAAAUUUAUGUAACUGCAGGGUUUGACUUCCUCUGCGUUCCCAUUGUUCAAAUGUUAAAUCUAGCCUCUUCCUCAGCAUCUAUGCUGCGUGACAGAAAAGAAGCAUUUUCCUUUGUUGCUGGCUCAAAUCCCAGUAUGGGGAAAGAUUUAGUGCAUCAAUGUACCGCUAAAUCUACCAGCUUGCUGCUUCUGCAGAAAAUGCCAGCUGUGUUGCAGCACACAGAUGUGAGGUGCACAAACUCCCACUCAGAUCCAGAAAUCCUGACAUUCUUUGCUUUGCAUUUUUCUCUGUAAAUGGCUAUUCUUGUGCAGUCAGACAUCCUCUGUGCCUACAGAAGAAGCUGCAGGAUAAACAAACUGGGUCUGAAAAUGUGAAACUUCAGUAAAUGAUGUAAAGACAGUGAAGAUGGCUUUGAUCAGAAGGUGCUAAGUUCUAAUCUUCUCAAAAUCUUAAGGAUUUUACAUCACCUCUUGCUACCAAAGUUUCUGCUCUGAUACUCUUUCCCAAAGGAAAUGCCAGUUGUGUACAUUAGACAUGAGCAAUUUGUCUUAACACAGUUUGACAGACAAUUGUUGAAGUUAUAGAGUACUAGUGGUCAUUUUAUAUGCACAACUCAUUUUUGUGUAAGAUCUCAAUUUUUUGGGGCUAUAUCUUUAUUAACUAUUUUGUUUUCUUUAUAAACAUGGUUCACGUUUGAUCAAAAAUGGACUUCAGGCUUUCAUUCUGUAGUUGGGCCUAACUUUCAGCAUGGAAUUAUAAAAAUAAUACUGAAUUCAAUAGAACUACUCCCAGGCUUAGAAAUUACAUGCACAUUGGGACCCUGAAGAGCAAGGAUUUAAAUUUAAGUCCUGUAAACACAGAUAUGCUUAAUUGUAUUUUCAUGUGUAAUCUCAUAAUAUUGCAGUUAAGCACUUGUUAAAGAUGCUGAACUGGGAAGGAACUUACACUGUAUUUUAGUAGCAUUAUGCAGCUGUUCAUAUAUGUAAAAUCUGUAGAGAAUGAGCAUUUGGGAGAACAAGUUACUUUAUUUAAAAUCAUCAUUAAUAUACCGUGGGUAAUGAAUAAAACUGUAAUUUAAGAUGCAUUUUAAGAUGCUCUCUUUUUCAGUAUGAAGGAUUCUUGGUAUAUUUGAAUGUUAUAAAUGACGAGUUUUUAUAUGAUGCCGUCACAUAAUUAGUGCUAAAUAUUCCACAUAAGUAUGUUGCACAUUUCAAUAAAUGUUUCUAUUUUCUUAA